UGUUUGACCAUUCACAACGAUUUCCCUUCCCCAGAUUUUCGAGUUCCCAGGUGUUGUUGAACGCGGCAGAUGUACAUAUUGUAACCGCGAGUCAUUUUCUGAUUGCGUCACCAGAAAGCGUCACAUUCUCAAAAACCGUUUGGUUUAUUGUGUUUAUUUAGGGUGGAUGUGCCCCGGCUGCCAUCGACCCUCAAAAUGACCAAAUUACAGUUUUUAAAUGUAUUUUUGACCGAACGUUUGAUGUUAGCCGCCCAAGAGAUAUAUAAGCAAGUGGAAGAGACAAUAUUAGAAUACCAAGAAGAAAUACUCCAGGGAAAGAGAGAGAAUGAUCAAUUGAGACGCAAGUUUGGGAUUCCAUGGCCAGACCGAGAGCCCUUUGCUCCUGUAGAAUCUGAGGAGGAGGGAGGCAUUGGGCAAAAGCAGGAACCAGAGCCAAGGCAGACUAUGGAGAAACAGGAGGGAAGGACCAGGAAGGAGGAAAAUCAGUUUAGAGGACCGGACUCUCAGUCUAUAUUCACUCCUUCCAAUGGAAAUGAUGACUAUGAUCAGAACCCACCUCAACACACCUCACUCAGUCAGUUCCAAACUCUCACCGGGGAGAGUAGAGAGGGAGGCUCUCUGUCCAGCUCAUCAACAUCCAAACCAAUCAAAACAGAGACUGAAGGACUGGGUGUUUGUCCAUUUGAUCCGUCAAGUGACCCCAAUACAUUCUCUUCGUCAGUGAACCUUGACCUUUCGGCAGCACAUAGUGAGAACAGUGACUAUGAAAACACGGAUGACUUCUGGUGCUGUGCGGUGUGGAGGGAAGGCCAGGAGGAGGUGGAGGGUGUGGUUCCCAGUACCUGGGUGGUGGGAAGGAAGGUCCUGUGGCCUCCAGCCAAUGGGAGGAAGGCUCUGAAAGAGAGACACAAGCCAGGAGCCAAUUGGACGACAUAUGACCUUGUUAAGGUCAAACUAUUCUCAGAAUCUCUGGAAGAGUGUGAAGGCUACAGUAGGUCCAGUGAUGAGCUCACUGACAACGGAGACAGUGAGCCCAACACACAAAAGAAGAAGAGGAGGAGGAGGAAGAGGAGGACGGGUGAGGGGCACGUUACCGGCACUGAUCAGAUACCUCAAGGAGGACCCAGUGGAGAUGGAAGGAUACACACAGGUGUGUCAGGAUCCUCAAACUCUCCUCCUCUGAAGAGGAGAGUGAUGACGAAAUCUGGAACCCUGGAGGAGAGUUCUGGAGCUCUAGAAGCAGAACCUCAGCUGGAUCCAUCUGAGCUCAGAGGCCUCGACGACGCACUCAACAAGGAGAGCUACCUCAUAGAGGGACCACACUCUUCUGACGCAUGGGAUUCUGUUUUUCCAACCUCUCAGUCCAGAGAGGGAACAUUCCUAAGUGGACAGGAUGUGAUGGGAAACCUGCUGAAUUCAACCCAAAGUUUUCCUCUUCCAAAUGACCAGUUCCAGGAGCAGGUCCUGGGUCUGCUGGUGGACAUCAGACAGUCAGUGUGGGAUCUAGGAGGAAGGGUGGGAGUUCUAGAACACUGGGGUGGUUCUAGGGGUUCUGGAACAGAUUUCCAUUUUGACGUGUGCAGAACCUACGAGGACAUGGCCAACCUGGAGAAAGUUCUAGAGCCUCCUGAGGUAGCUGCCCAGAUGAAACAGUUCCUGAGCAGGAUCGGUGGGAACACCUUGAGGGAAAAUGUCACCAGGGUGAUGGAGAGGCUGAUGACCAAUGAACUGAUGAGUACCUUCAACAUGAAAGGAAGGAAAGGAACCAAGAAGAGUUUUCUCACACACUCCCUCAGUAAAAUCAUUAUUGACAGCAUCAUGAUCACCCACCCGUACGCCACAGAGUCUGCUGUGAUGCACCUGAUGGCCAACGUACUGAAGUACGCCCCAGACCGACGCGGAGGAGGAGGCAGACCCCCCAGACAGUCACCCCAGGUCCCCCAUACCCAGAGACAGCAACACAUCCAACAACACAUCAACAUCAAACAGGAGCAAGACUAUUAAUGCCUGGACACCUUCUUUCUAGCCUGCGUACCAGUCUGUUUGUGCUAUUAUUGUCAUGCCAAGGAGUGGGAUGAUAGCACAGACUGGUACCCAGGCUACCUUCCUACUCUACCUGGGUCAUAUUCACUAGUAGUCACCAAACCAGUGUUAAUUUCGUCAACAAAAAUAGUGACUAAAAUAUUCAGCAAGCACCUAUUUUUCAGUGGCAAUUGACAAGACUAUAACUGAAUAAAUAGACCCAGAAUAAGAACUAGAAAUAAACUAAAAUCAUAUUUCAUUCCAGUUGACUAAAACUGGACGAGAAUAAAUGAUCUGACUAAAAUCAGAUAAGUGGACUGGACAAUAGUUUUUGGAGAUAUUGAGAGCUUUUCUGUGAUAAGCACAAUUAAUAUUAGCAGUGGGAAGGACUUGCCACAUCACCUGGUGAGCUGGGGGGGGAGCAAGCGAUGAGUGUGGACAGAGACCAGCUCCACUCUGCCUUCGAUUAUACACAUCACUCAGGCGACUCUCUUGCUUCCUCGUAGCUAACCAGUCACCACCAGCCUUCUGGUUAGCUACCCCUUGUCUGGUUAAGAAACAAGCUGCUUUAUGAAAUGAAAAACAAUAGCAGCGUUGAGUUUAAUAGUAAAACAACAGUCUAGCUCCCUUGAGUUUAGAAAAGUAGGCUGUCUUUGGUAUUUGUAGUCUCGCUCAACCCUCCCACUUUCCCCACUGCAUUUCAUAGCCAGGUUCUGUAGCCAAGACUCCCUCUUUUCCUCCGAGAAAAUGGCUUGAGAGAUUACCUUUCAAAAGAUAUGAGUCAUAAUACUUGGACCAGGACUGGAGCGCUGGGUCUCGGGAGUUCAGUCAUAGGGACUGGAACUUGAGCACAGAGGACUUGGGACUCGAUUGGGAUUUGAGGUUUAAUGACUUGACUACAUCACUGGGUGAAAUGGUCAUUUAACCCCCCCUUCUACGUCCUGACAUCAGUGUGGCAUCUGGGAAAUGGUGAGAACAAUGAUGUGACGGAGGUGCAACCCACACUACUGUGUCAAUACGUGAUAGUACCUCGCCCCCUCCCUUUCUCUCCUCCCACCAUCCCCCCCUGCGCUUGUGUGUCUGUUUGUUUUUUAUGUAAUGUAUAAUAUCUAUGUAGGCUGAAUUAGGAAUUUACAUGGCCCGUUAAUACUUAAAUAUGUUUAUCAUAUUUCUGCUGCUGGGAAGACAAUAGGAUGUUAUGCAGAAAAAUGUUUGUAGGACAAGGCUAUGUAUGUUUAUGCACAUGGGAGUCUGAUUUAUGUUUACUAUGUGUUAAUGAGGCAAUACAAAUGUGAUGUGACUAAAGGGCAUUUAGUUGACAAGAAAAACUAUACUAAAUCAUUAUUCAAAUAACAAAAAUGUGAGUGAGACUUAAUUAUAAUUUAGUCAAACUGACUUAAGAUUAGUCUAAAUCUAAAAAAAAGAGUGCCAAAAUGAAUAAUGUGCCAAACGGACUGAAACAGGUACUGCCUGGUCCCAGAUCAGUUUGUGUUCUUGACAAGCCCAUUGCUAUCAUUGUCAAGCCAAACAAGAAGAUUGCAAGAGAGCAGACACAGACUGGCAUUGCAUCCAGGCUAACGCCUACUGUACUGUAGGCCUACCUGAUGUACCCUCAGCCACCUUCCGCUUUAAUGUUUCACAUUUAUUAUACAUGCACUGUAUCAUCAUUAUUUGCCUUUUUGAAUUUAAUAUUGAAUUUAGGAUGAAUUUAAUCGGUUUUUAAGUUAUGAAAAUUCAUUUUUGGAAUUAAUGAUUGGAAGUAGUAUUUUAUAAUGUACAAAGCCUUGACUUCUGGUUCUAAAUAAAAUGCAUGCCUUGAGUUA